AUGCAGAGCUACGGCCGCAAGCGCGCGUGGAAGAAGGGCCCGACGCGGGGGAAGGGCGGCCCGCAGAACGCGGCGUGCGAGUACCGCGGCGUGCGCCAGAGGACGUGGGGCAAGUGGGUGGCCGAGAUCCGAGAGCCCAACAAGCGCACCCGCCUCUGGCUCGGCUCCUUCGCCACCGCCGAGGAGGCCGCGCUCGCCUACGACGAGGCCGCGCGCAGGCUCUACGGCCCCGACGCCUUCCUCAACCUGCCGCACCUCCGCGCCUCCGCCGUAUCCUCCGCCGCCGCGCACCAGAGGCUCAGGUGGCUCUCUGCCUCUGCCAGGGGCGCCGCCGCCGUCCCGGCCUACGGCCUGCUCAACCUCAACGCGCAGCACAACGUGCGCGUCAUCCACCAGAGGCUGCAGGAGCUCAAGAAUAACGGCUCGCCAGCCAAGCCGCCGCCGUCGCCGUCGCUGCGCGUUUCUCCUUCUGCCCCGCACAAGCAGCUCGCCCCGGCCGAUCAUCUCCCUGCGGUGGCCACCACGUCUCCCUGCUCCAUCGUCGUCGUCACCCACGUGCACGCGGCUCCGGCCAUGUCCUGCUUCCACGCCCUGGAGCAGACGGUGGCCACGGUCGCCAUGAGGACGGUCGACGACGCCGAGCCGUGCGAGGGCGGCGCCUGCCCGCCCGCCGCGGACAAGCCUCAGAUCGACCUCAGGGAGUUCUUGCAACAGAUCGGCGUGCUCAACACCGACGACGACGGCAUCACGGCUACUGCUAAAGCCGCCUUUCACGCCGCCGGUGAUGCCGCCGUGUCUUGCUUCGUCAGCGGCAACGGCGACUUCGACUGGGACGUGCUGGCAGCGGACCUCAACGACAUCGCGGGAGCCCACGGCGGCGCCAACGGAGGGGUUCAGAUGGACGAUCUGCAUGAGCAUGCGGUCGACCAGUUCGGGACCUGCCUGCCCAUCCCUGUCUGGGACGUGUAG